UUCACAAUUUCUUCGCCACUUGGUCGGAGAUCCCAAACGCUCGUAUAUAGAUUACGGUAUCAAAGUAAAACGAUCUGAUCUCACAACACAAAACAUUCAUGGCGGACAGAAGGAGGUUUCUUCUGAGACAUAAACCCUUUCUUCUUCUUCUUAUCCUACUUUUAAUGAUUCAAUUGCGAUGUCGAGCAGAUGUUAUAACCCUAACAGAAGAUACUUUCUCCGACAAGAUAAAGGAGAAGGACACUGCAUGGUUUGUGCGAUUCUGUGUUCCUUGGUGUAAGCAUUGUAAUAAGUUGGGAUCAUUGUGGGAAGACUUGGGAAAGGCCGUGGAAGGGGAAGAUGAGAUAGAAAUUGGACAAGUGGACUGCAGUACUAGUAAACCUGUUUGUUCCAAAGUUGAUAUCCAUUCAUAUCCAACAUUCAAGCUCUUUUACAAUGGUGAAGAAGUUGCAAAGUAUCAGGGACCACGAGAUGUGGAUUCCCUUAAAGCAUUUGUUUUGGAAGAAACGGAAAAGGCAGCAACAGCUGCAGAAGAUGUCAGUGACAAAGAGCUGUAGUUUCUUUUAGGUAUGCAGACGAUAACCCAAGUUAAGCAUUUGAUCUACCAUGUACUUGUUGGGAUUUGGAUAUGUCUGAUGUUGAAUCAGGGGAUCGACCCUGAAUAUCGAUUCCAUCUGGAAAUUGUGUUCUUCAAAAAUGGUGUCAGUUACCAACAAACUAAUGCUUUAAUUUACUGGUGUUUCUCACCCUUUUUUUUGGAUCUCACAGAAGCUGGUACGUGCGAAAUGUGGUGCUAAUAUUUCUGGAACCAGAAACACAAUUGAUUUGCAGGCUGUGUAGUAGGGCUCUUGAGUAAAUAAUGAGCUUAUAUCACUGAGCUUUGAGAUCGGUGACAACAAUGCUCGUUAUUUCAAUUGUUCUUCCAGUUAACAAAGUGCACAGAUUGAUAUGUGGACACGAUGCAUACAUUGAUGAACUUUGUACCUACUUUGGCAGCUACUGUGAUGCAGGAAAAAAAAAAUGCUUCAAAGGUGCCAUUUUUCCCGUUACGGAUGGGAAUUUUGCUACAGUUCAAAAUUUUUAUUUUAUAUACUAGAAAUAUUUUGCUCUGCUAGACUCAAUCGCUUGAUUUAAAAUUAUAAAAUGACUUAUUAAAUUAAAAUAA